AUGGUUCAAUUGAGUUAUGGAUUGAGAGAAUGGGGAUUGGAUGAUUUUGGAGUUUGGAUUUAUGAGAUGGAGAAGCGGUACUGCGCAACACAGGGGAAAAUUAAUUGGUCAUGGGGCAGUGCAAGUGGAUUAAAUGGAAAUGUGGUACUACAAGAUUGGAACGAUUGUGUAAGGUUGCUGGAACGUCAAGCUUUGGGCGACGGACCAGACGAGUGGAUGUGGCUUACGAGUGACACUUUGGCUCCUUUUCGUGCGUGUGACAUACGAGGUGAACUGGACCAGAUGCCAUUUAUUCCUGAGACGAAAGUUUUGAAGUGGUCUAGCUGGAUCCCGAAAAAGAUUAACUAUUUUCUCUGGCGGGUCGUUCUAAAUCGGAUUCCAACCAAGGAGGCGCUAGCUAUUAGAAAUGUUCCGAUGCCAUCCCUUGUGUGUGUCAUGUGCAACAAAGAGUUAGAAUCGGCUGAUCAUCUUCUGAUAACAUGCGAGUUCGCGCAGCAGUUGUGGGUUGGGGUAUCACAGUGGAUGAAAAUUACCCUGCCGCGUUAUUUAUUAAGUGUGGUUGACCUGUUAAACUACAUCAACAAUCUACAGAUGGAGGGGAAUAAGCAAAAGGCGGUUUACAUGAUCUCGGCUACGGUUUGCUGGUCGUUGUGGAAAGCACGCAAUGACAAAAUCUUCAACAACAAAGCUUGUCAGUUAUCGAAGAUGAUGGGGGAGGUAAAAGCACUGUCGUUUCUGUGGCUAAGUUCAAGGGCGGCAAAACUGAAAUUAGAAUGGAUGAAUUGGAGGGAGUUUAGGUUCAUAUGGUAA